AUGACGUCCCGCAUGGGUGUUUUGGCGCGCUGCAGCACCGCAUUGUGGCGAAGAAGCUUCGGCUACGGCUCUCGCGAGAGCGUCGGCGUGCCAGUCAAGUCACCGCCCGUGUCAACAUCACUGCCACGGUUCACCACCACCUUCAUACCUUCCUCGCCGAACGCAACGGAGCAUCCACUCUCCCAACCGCUUCACACGUCGCGCCGCCACUACGGCACUGGUAGUGGUAGUGGUGCUGCCAGCGGCAGCGGCGGUGGUCUGUCCUUGAUCGAUCUCGCCAAGGUGUUCCAGCAGCUGAGCUCAGACGAUGCAAGGGAUGUUCAGCAGAAUCAAGGCGAUCACAGUGGCGGCAGCGACACAGCUGCCCCGACGACAACGACAGCAGUAGCAGCGGCUGCGGAUGCGUCCCUCUCCAGCGCACAACAGAAGAUCGAUUACAGCGGUAGCGACGCCGUGCCGCGAGACAAGUCUGAACCAGCGUUGCAUCGGUCGCUGAUCAGCUUCUCUCCUCUCUACGCGACGCGACUCACCACCCUUACAGAGGCGCAGUUCUGCACGGAACUCGAGAACCGGCUGGGCAAGUUGGACUACAGCAGCAUGAUGCAGUGCCUUCAUGAGGUGGUGCGCCGGUUAUCUCCUGUUCUCGACCCCGCCGCUGCUGGCGACGACAGCGAUGAAUACCGCGCGAAGAGGCAGCGACGCAAGGUGAGUGAGUGGGCAGCGGAGGCCGAGGGCGACGUCACGUCAGCAGUACGCUCACUCAUGCGGAAUCAGCGACUUCUCACCGCAGUGCUGAGCGUGCUUAAUCGGAUGGAUUUGUAUGUCAUGGAAACCGAGACGAAAGGCUCGCCGCGGAGCAUAUCUGCCACCGCACCACCCUGCACGGACCUCAGUCCGCCCCAGAAGCCGCAGCCGCAUCGUGACCGCCUUUCGUUACCUGCAGCACCGCUCUCUGUGCGCCUCUCUCGCCUGCUACUGCAGUGGCUCUCGCGCGAGGUGUCAUGCAUGGACACUACGACGUCGCUGCAGGUUCUCCACCUCCUCGCUCAGCAGAGGCUGGUGCACAUGGAGGCGGUACUGCAAACGCUCGUGGACUCCAUCGUCGUGCACUUGGAACGGUGCGGCUCCACGGCGGCCACAGUGACACCGUCCGAGUCCACCACCGCCCGGGCUUUUACGCUGGAGGAGUACAGCCUUCUCUUCGACACUAUGGCGCGCUUCCAGGCGCAGCUCUUGCGCCUCUCGUACCUGCGCCAGUCCACCGAGCAAGCACACCACCUCUCCAGCCCCUCCGCUGCCGAACCGGGUGAUGGCAUGAGUGUCGGCACUGGUGGUACGAAUUCCACCGCCGCUGGCGCUGCCCUCAUCACCGGUCACACCGCAGAUCCGUGCUUGGCGUCCGCUGCGGCAGCUGUGCGGCGUCGCGCGCUCGACCGCAGCAACCACCCCGUGGCGAACGGCCGUCUGUUCCACCACCUGGCGGAGGCGCUGUCGCUGACUCUUACGAGUGGCCAACAAGGGCGACUCUCUGCAUCGAUGACAGGCGCCACGGCCGACGCGAUUGGGCCGGCAAAGGCGUCGGCGCGCCUGCUGAAGAUAAACACCACCAGCUUCCUCUUCCUGACUCGGGCACUGAGCAAGCUGCAGUGGUGGCACGAUGGCCUCGCUGCCGCGCUCGCGGCGCCGCUGACUGGGUACGUCCGCGCCCACCCCGAGUCUGCCCUCGUCGUGGUGGGGCUGGUUGGCCGGCGCGAGAACCGCAGCGGCGAUGUGGCCUUGCUGGAGGCACUGCAAGAUAGCCUGGCCACGCUGCUGCUGCGUCGUCGCGGCGUGUUGAAGGCACCUACCGAAGUGACUCAGGCACUGCGACAGGGCCGAGUAACACGGCUGAACGGCGACGCCGACGUGAAGGGUGGCGCAGGCGGUCUCGUUUCGCGGGGGACCCAGCAUGGCAGCGUCGGUGCUGUGGGCGAGUCGCCGCAUUGCCUCGCUGAGGCAGCCAUGAGGGGUGUGAAGCGGGCCGACUCUCCGACGAGGACAGGCAUCAACGCCGCCAGCGAGAACAAGUCGUGGGAGUGGGGAGAGGAGGAGGAGGAAGAGGGAGAGGAAGCUGAUAUGCGCCUGUUCUCCUCCAUUACGUUCUCCACCACCCCUGAGGCCCAUCGCCGAUCGCGUAAGCGCUUCGCCGCCUCCGCGUCACCACCGGGGAAGGCCGCCUCUGACUCGGCGGCGUCGCUCACCCUCAUUGACCUACACGCCCUCCCCGGCACCGUAGAGGCGCUCUGUCGCUUUCACGUGCGCACGAUUGCCGCAGUGCCGCCCCCAAGUGCGGCCGGUGCAGAAGCAGCGACAGCCGGAGACGACGUGCGUGCUCGGCUUGUGCACAGGAUGCGGGAGUUGCUCAGUUUAGUGUUCGACGACACCGUGCGGGGCAUCACCUCCAUCGACGACGUCGCGCGCACCCUCGCGCCGGCAUUUCUGUCGCGCGUUCUGCUGGCGCUGCUGGGGGCAACCGCGCAGCUGCAGCAGGCGUGGGGCGCUGGUGGGUCCGGUGCGUCGCUAAUAGGCGGCCGCGGCGGCGAACACGCAAUCACGGCCACGACCCAAUACCCCCACCACCCACUCGUCAUUGAGCUGGCGUACGCCUGGAUGAUACAGGUGAUGCGGAAACGCUGCCCGCCACGGCCGCCUCCCGCCUCCCAGAUCGACGAGCAUACGGCAGCACCGACGCGAUACCACCGAGUUGCGGCCUUGACCUACUGGCGACGCGCCAUCGCUGUGCAUGAGGCGCUGGUGAGAGCUGGGCUACUGUGCCGCACUCGCCCGUAUGCGGUGUGCGCAAGCAACCCCGCCGGGACUCUCAGAGGUAGGUACUACAUGCCAGACGACGUUCUGCAUGCCGCGCCGCGGGUCCACGCAGCCGUACAGCGCACCAAGAUGCGGAUCGAGGCGGAGCGUCAGCGGGAGGCGGCUGAGAGGGCGAAAGCGGCAGAACAGGAGCAGCAGCAAGCGGCAGCAUCGCGAUACGCAUCAGCCAUGAUUCGGGGCUCUGCACAGCGGCAGCGCUCCUCCAUGGUGUCGCCCUCCUCACUCUCGUCUCAUCAUCAGCGUCGUCACCCAACAGCUGCGCAACCAGCGCGGACGACUGAUGUCUUUGCCGGCUACACCAAAGCCCUCUCUCGCUUGCUCUGA